AUGUCGGAUGGCCCAGGGACAGAGCCUGCCAGUAGCAGAUCUACGGCAUUUCACCACUUUCAGAAGCUUCCUGUGGAAAUCCGCUGCCUGAUAUGGACUCACGCAUUUCCCCCGUUGGACCAAGAACCGCGAAUAAUGUUAUACAAACGGGGUCUCUGGCGCAAGAAGCAUCUCACAGCUGCCGACGAGGCGUACAAUCCUGACGGGUCCCAUGAAUGCGUCAUGCUUGACUAUCGUAUGAAUAAACAGAAAUCUAUCGAAGUCGAUCUGGUUGAUGUAAAUCGCGAAGCUCGACAAGUUACACUCCUCUGGGCACGCAAGCUUGGCCUCGAGCUUUCUUACCUCCCGGAGACGAAGCGCCUCGCCUUCCGUAAGCCCUUCGACCCGGAGACUGAUGUGCUCUGUGUCGCAAACGACGGCUGGUUCGACUUCUCCGAGGGGUCAGAGUUUCUCCAUGGUGAGCCUGAUAUCCGCGAGCCGGGAAUUCUUAUAUUCCCAUAUAUUACACGGCUCAUGGCCGCGGAUACGCUGUUUGAAAAAGCCAUCGUCGAGAUCCACACAGUACUUUCGCGUUUUCAUACCUUGACGACGUUCUAUGUCCUUCUCACUCGUCCUUGGUAUGAACUAAAAGGAAUGAUCAUAGAGCCACGUCUGCCAGAUCUCGAUCCGCUUGAAGGCAGAACCUUGACUUGGCACCUGGAGGACCAGGAAUUUCGCCUUCACGGAAGCGCAGAGUCUGGUUGCUUGCUCGGCAUGUUUGUGAUUUUGGAGGUGGUUGCCGACAGGCUUAAAGCCAAAUUCAUUAAGAGCCGCAAACAGAAAUUUGAGAUGGCUACUAUUCUACCCUACCGUCUUUUGCCUUGCCCCCCGGGGACAUGA